AUGAUAAUUACAACAUGGAUUGUGUACAUUCUCGCCCGGAAAGGUGCCGGGUUCCCCUUCCCACCGAAAGUCAGUUCGGACGUGGAAGUUGUGGAGAGCGAGGCUGUGUCUGUGGUACAGCACUGGUUGAAAAAGACUGAAGAAGAGGCUUCCCAGGACAUAAAGGAGAAGAUGUCCACCAACUGCCCUCCCACGCAUGGCCAAGAUGUACAUGUGACCAGAGACGUGGUGAAGCACCACCUCUCAAAGUCUGAUUUGUUAACAAACCAGAGUCAGGAGGUCCUGGAGGAAAGAACAAGAAUCCAGUUCAUAAGAUGGAGCCAUACCCGUAUCUUCCAAGUGCCGAGCGAGGUGAGAAAUGAUGCCAUGCGAGAACGGAUAGAGCAGGUGAGACGAAGCAUAAGCCAUCUUACGGAUGAGGCCUCUCAGGAGCUUCACAAGAGAAAUUCCUACUCAGACUGCUGA